AAUACUGUUCCGUGUAUCUAGUAGCUAUACCAAGUCAUGAAGAAGGGGGAACAACUUCAACAUGGACAAAUCGAGCCACUUACUCUGCCGAUAUAUAUAUCAAGCACCCGGAGACGUUUGUGGAAAUAAAGAAAGCAACUUUAGAUACAACAAAAUUCUCAGCGAUAAAGCCAUUAAGAGAAUUUGAUAAGACAGAAUUCGGUACCCCUGAUGAGAAACCAAGAUUUCCUGGUAAUGGUAAGCCAUUCCCUGAUGACUUGGUAACCGCAUGGGCUGAUCAGUUGAAUAAACCCGAGCACGCAGACGUUGAAUUUCGAGUCCAAGGACAAUCUAUUUAUGCUAAUACUACAAUACUCACACGGCGGUCAGAAUAUUUUCAAAGAAUGUUCGAAGGACGAUGGAUGGAAUCAAUCACUUACAACCAAAGUGAAGAGGAUCAAGUUACAAAUACGCAGCCGCCACCGCAACAACAGGUUCCAACACCUGAAGAUGAAGAUACUGAUAUGGACAGCAAUAUUUUGGGAGGCAAUUCAACAUUCUCACAUAAACGAAGGCGAUAUGAUGAAUUACGAGACCACGUAAUGAGCUAUGUGGUACAAAAUUUUCAAAACGUAUGCAAGACUUCAGGAUUCAAAAAUAUAACUUUGAAUUCUGACUCUGAUUAUAGCGAUUAUUGA